AGAAAUUAUUUAGCUUAGAAGUUUCAUUCUCUUGAUUGAAACAUGUAAAAUAUGCAAUGAAAUUUGUUAGUAAAAUAUUAGAAUGCUAAUGGUAGCACUGUAUAGACGUUGCCAACUGAGCAGAGUUUAAUUUGAUGGGAAUGCAACGCAACAUAACCUUUAAUAUUUGAUAGUCCUGUUAUUGUUUAGCUUUAUUCAUAAAUAUCAUAUAUAAUAUAUUUUAUUUUAUAUACGGUAUUAUUACAUAUUGACAUAAUGUCGGAAGACGAAGUAGAAAGCUUUGAGAUUACAGAUUACGAUCUUGAAAAUGAAUUCAACAUUAAUCGUCCUAGACGGAAAUUGUCAAAGAAGCAACAAAUGCUUGGCAUUUGGGCUGAUGACAGUGACGAGGAUGAACUAUCUGCUAGACCAUCAAUGGGUUUCAAAAGUUCUAGUAAAGGACCAAAAAAUUAUACUGCUCCUGUAAAUUUUGUAGCAGGAGGUAUUCAACAGAGCGGAAAGCCAAAGGAGGAAACAGAAGAAAAGGAUGAGAAUGAAAGUGAUAAUGAAAGUGAAGGCAAAUCACAGAAAGAAUUUCCAAACAGUUCAAGUUCUGAAGAUGAAAGACCAAGUAGUGUUCAUCAGCAUCCAUCUUUUUCAUUAAAUAUAGAUGGAGAUAUUGCAGGUUUACGUAAAAAGAAACAUAAAGUAAAUCCAUUGUUAAUGCACAGUGGAAUGGGUAGUUGGGAAGUCCAUACAAAAGGCAUUGGAGCUAAACUGUUAUUGCAGAUGGGCUUUGAACCUGGAAAAGGAUUGGGUAAACAGUUACAAGGUAUAAGUGCACCAGUAGAAGCACAUUUGAGAAAAGGUAGAGGUGCAAUUGGUGCUUAUGGACCAGAAAAGGGUCCAAAAAUUCCUGAAAAGAAAAAGGAGGAGGAGACGGACGACGGAAAAGAAUCAAAAGCUAAAUUAUCACAAUGGCGGAAAGGAGAUGGAAAUGCCGCUAAGAAGAAAGUAAAAUAUGUUUAUCGGAGCGUUGAUCAGGUUAUAGAAGAUGGAAAGUUGAAACCAAAUAAAAAAGUGAGAAUUUCUAAUGAGAUGAGUAGGGUCAAAGUCAUAGAUAUGACUGGUCCAGAACAAAGAAUUCUCAGUGGAUAUCACGCGAUAGCUGGUGGUCAACAACGACCCGAUGAGAAUAUUGUCGUUACUGAUAAGAAAUCUAAGGUCAACUUCGCGUUGCCAGAACUUCAGCACAACUUAAAUCUCCUUGUAGACAUGUGCGAACAGGAUAUCAUACAAAAUGAUAGAAGAACAAGGCAUCUGAGCGACAGAGUGAUUGCACUAGAGGCGGAAAAGAAAAAUCUAUCCAAAGUCGUAAAUCAACACGACCACCUUAUCGACACUUUAGAAAACGUUCUCGCAAUUGUAGACAGACUGAUGGAUGAAACAAACCAAUUGUCACUGCAAGAAACUGCAGAAGCUUUCAAAGAUUUGCAAGAUAAAUAUUAUGAGGAGUAUAAAAUGUACGAACUCGGUGAAUUAGCUAGCAGUUUUGUUGGGCCGAAAAUAAAGGACUGUCUAACUAGUUGGAAUCCAUUGAUACAACCAAAACAACCGAUUAAAUUAUUUGAACAAUGGAAGUCUAUUUUGGAAAGUGGCAUUACUACUCUUCAAACAAGAACUAUGCAUCCGUAUGACCACCUUGUUUGGAAUUCUUGGAUGCCGUCAAUCAGAGGAGCUAUACAACAGUGGACAUGUAGGGAGCCAGUACCUCUCAUCGAAUUAAUAGAAUAUUGGAUGCCGUUGCUUCCGGUCUGGAUAUUAGAAAAUAUUUUAGAUUUAUUAAUUCUUCCUAAGCUUACUCUGGAAGUAGAGGAAUGGAAUCCUCUUACUGACACAGUACCUAUUCACACAUGGAUUCAUCCGUGGCUACCGUUAUUACGAAGUCGCUUGGAUACUUCGAUAUAUCCAAUAAUACGACGUAAAUUAGGAUCGGCGUUAGGAGGCUGGCAUCCGUCCGACAGAUCUGCUAGAUUAAUGUUACAACCGUGGUCUAAAGUCUUCGCGAAAGGAGACAUGGAGGCUUUCUUAGUGAAAAAUAUUAUACCAAAGUUACAGAUAGCAUUGUCAGAGUUUGUUAUAAAUCCACAUCAGCAACAUUUGGAUCAAUGGAACUGGGUGUACGAAUGGAAAGAAUUGAUUCCAUCUCAUAUAAUGGCAGGAUUAUUGGAUAAAUUCUUCUUCCCAAAAUGGUUACAAGUUCUGGCGCUUUGGUUGAAUCAUUCCCCUAAUUAUGAUCAAGUUACAAACUGGUACAUGGGAUGGAAAGGCAUGUUAAGCGAAAAAAUGUUGGGUGAACCAUUAGUGAAAGAACACUUUAAGAAAGCAUUGGAUAUGAUGAAUAGAGCAGUUUCCACACCACAGAGUCAUCAACCAGGUGCGAUGGAGCAAGUUUCGUAUUUAACGAGCUUAGAAAGGACUCAACCUACCAUGUCACAAAUGCCACCGACCGCACAGCCAAGAAUGGAAAGACUCGCCGAAGCGGUACGAACAGCGUCGCAAAUACCUCAAGGUUUCAAGGACCUUGUUCAAAAGAAAUGCGAAGAAAGAGGUAUUCUGUUUAUGCCUAUACCGAAUCGAUAUAGGGAAGCAAAACAAGUUUAUAAAGUGGGCAAUGUCCAAGCUUAUAUAGACGGAAACGUCUUAUUCGUCUGUCACAACGGUAUGAAUUGGGUGCCAACACAUUUGAACGCUUUAUUGGACAUGUCUGAACUUUAACUGUAACAAUCCUAAUUCAUAAUGUAAGUUCAAUUACGUGUAAUUUAUCUUGUACAUAUAUUGUAAAAUAGUCUGAUGACAAAAGUGAAGUUGAAAAAUUUGUAUUGUAUAAAGUGCAUGGUAUAUAAAGGUUAUUGUCUUUUGUACAAUUUGUAUUGUA